GUAUGAAAAACUGUCUCGGAAGCUGCCCACAUUUGGCACCACCCGAGUACCAACAAGAACCGCCGGUGGAGCAUGCAUCAGCAGAGCAUCCACCUGCAGAGCAUCCACCUGCGGAGCAAGCACCGGUAGAGCAAGCACCACCAGACCAGGCACCGCCAGAGCAGGCACCGCCAGAGCAGACACCGCCAGAGCAAGUAUUGGCAGAGCAAGCACCGCCGGAGCAAGUACCGGCAGAGCAAGCACCGCCAGAGCAACAGCCACCGCCCAUGGAGCAACCGCCACAGCCCACGGAGCAACCACCGGUGCAGGAAGUACCAGUGGUCGAUGAGGUUUGCGAGAAUGGAGUGUGCCCAGGAGGUGGCGGGGAGCUCCCUCCGGUGCUGCAGCAGGUGCAUCCAACGCCAGAGGGCAAGAAGGAUGCCCCCGCGCCUUCUCCAGACCCUUCCUGCUAUGCUCCGUUGAUGGACAAGCGAGUG